CGGCGGCGGACCCGGCUCCCGCGCCGCGGCCCUAGGCGGCCUCUCGCCAUGGCCAAGUGGCUGAACAAGUACUUCAGCUUGGGCAACAGCAAGACCAAGAGCCCCCCGCAACCGCCGCGGCCCGACUACCGCGAGCAGCGACGCCGAGGCGAGCGGCCCUCGCAGCCCCCCCAGGCCGUGCCGCAGGCCCCCGCGGCUGCCUCCGCGUCCUGCGGUACCGCCGCCGCCUCCUGCUUCUCGGCCUCGUCGGGAUCGCUGCCCGACGACAGCGGCAGCACGAGCGACCUGAUCCGCGCCUACCGCGCACAGAAGGAGCGCGACUUUGAGGACCCCUACAACGGGCCCGGCUCGUCGCUGCGCAAAUUGCGCGCCAUGUGCCGCCUGGACUACUGCGGCGGCGGGGAACCGGGUGGGAGCCAGCGCGCCUUUUCCGCCUCGUCCGCGUCGGGCGCCGCGGGCUGCUGUUGCGCCUCCUCCGGCGCGGGCGCCGCCGCGUCCUCGUCCUCGUCCUCUGGCUCCCCGCACCUCUACCGCAGCAGCAGCGAGCGGCGGCCCGCCACCCCGGCCGAAGUGCGCUACAUCUCCCCGAAGCAUCGCCUCAUUAAGGUGGAGAGCGCCGCGGGCUGUGCCGGGGACCCCCCAGGGGGCGCCUGCUCCGGCGGCCGUACCUGGAGCCCAACGGCCUGCGGAGGCAAGAAACUGCUCAACAAGUGCGGCGCCUCGGCCGCGGAGGAGAGCGGUGCCGGCAAGAAGGACAAGGUGAUCAUCGCUGAUGACUACUCGGACCCCUUUGAUGCCAAGAAUGAUCUCAAAAGCAAAGCAGGAAAGGGAGAGAGCGCAGGCUACAUGGAGCCCUAUGAGGCCCAGAGGAUCAUGACUGAAUUUCAGAGGCAGGAAAGCGUCCGGUCGCAGCACAAAGGCAUCCAGUUAUACGACACCCCUUAUGAACCCGAGGGCCAAAGCGUGGACUCGGACUCAGAGAGCACGAUCAGCCCCCGGCUGCGGGAGAGCAAGCUGCCCCAGGAUGACGACAGGCCCGCCGACGAGUACGAUCAGCCUUGGGAGUGGAACCGGGUCACUAUCCCAGCUCUGGCAGCCCAGUUUAAUGGCAGCGAGAAGCGGCAGUCAUCCCCCUCGCCUUCCCGGGACCGGCGGCGCCAGCUUCGAGCUCCCGGAGGGGGCUUCAAGCCCAUCAAACAUGGGAGCCCUGAGUUCUGUGGGAUCCUGGGAGAGAGAGUGGAUCCUGCUGUGCCACUGGAGAAGCAAAUAUGGUAUCACGGAGCCAUCAGCAGGGGCGACGCUGAGAACCUGCUGCGCCUCUGUAAGGAGUGUAGCUACCUUGUCCGGAACAGCCAGACCAGCAGGCACGACUACUCCCUCUCCCUGAAGAGCAACCAGGGCUUCAUGCACAUGAAACUGGCCAAAACCAAAGAGAAAUACGUCCUGGGUCAGAACAGCCCCCCGUUCGACAGUGUCCCAGAGGUCAUCCACUACUACACCACCAGGAAGCUGCCCAUCAAAGGCGCCGAGCACUUGUCCCUCCUCUACCCCGUGGCUGUGCGGACCCUGUGAGCCCCGCCCCGCCGAGCCGGGGCGCAGACGUGGAGCCGGUGGCCCCCGGCCGCUGUUGCCAGCCGUGUCCAGUUUGUGUCGUGUGUAUGGUACUAGCACACCACUGCAUGUCUUAGAAUGCUGUCGCCACUCGCGGGGGGCUGGAGAAGGCCUGGAUACAGACUGAAGGACAGCCAGUGCGCCACCCCAGCCCCCACCCCCCAACCCCCUCCUCGAGUUUCUGUGAAUUAAAAUAUUUGCAAAUCCAAAGAGAUGCCUUCCAGGAUGAACAAAGGAGAGCAGCUCCGAGGGGCGGGGGCGGCAGCUCCCGGGUCGCGGCUCUUUGUUCUCCAGCCGUCAGGAAUUCACACCUGUGUACCGGGCCGCAAUUUUUCCCACCGGGGCCCCCCUGGUGCUGGGAGCCGAGUGCUGGUGUUUUAAGAGCCCAGAAGGCCCCGGAGUCCCACCUUCCUUCUGGUGUGUGCGUGUCAGUGUGUGUGUGUGUGUGUGUGUGUGUGAGAGCAUAUUGGUGGAAGAACACGACCACACACAGAUGUAAGCCCACUAAUCCACUUCUAGUCACUCAGUGUAAUCAUUAGGAGAUCUCCAAGGGAUCAUUGUGCAGUCAAAAAAGGAUUCAAUUAUUUAUGAAUAGGGUGUGUAAAUAAAAUAGUCAUUUAAUAUA